AAAGGCCAGGCUGUAUCCGACCCGAACCAGGAUCGUCACUGUGGACAAAACUUAGGGUUUUGAUUUUUCAAACUUAGGGUUUCGAGGAACAAUCAAUGGCGGAACCCGACGGCGUUCUUCUCUACUACAAGUACGCGCCAGUUCCCGACGUCGCCGCCCUCGUCAGGUUCUACGAGUCAAAUUGCAGGUCCCUCGGCCUCCUCGGCCGCGUUCGGGUCGCUCCUGAUGGCGUCAAUGUCACCGUUGGCGGUAAGAUGCCAGCGUUGGAGAAGCACAUUGAGGCGCUGAGAUCUGAUAGCUUGUUUGAGGGGACCGAUUUCAAGCUUGCAUCUUGCGAUGGACCGUCGAAUGAGAGAAUUGCUAGAGAGUGUGGGUUCACUGAUUUAUCGGUUAGAGUUGUAAAGGAGUUAGUUACUUUUAGGUCCGACCCUCUGUUGAAGCCACCUGAAAUUUCCCAUGCUGGAAAGCAUCUCUCUGCAACUGAGUUCCAUUCGGUUCUGCAAGAUGCUGCAGGAAAGGUUUCAGACUCCCAAGCAUCAACUCAAGAGAAACAGCUUCUUUUAUUGGAUGCUAGGAAUUUAUAUGAGACAAGGAUUGGGAAGUUCCAAAACCCAGAUGUGGAGACAUUGGAUCCAGAAAUAAGGCAGUAUAGUGACCUCCCUUCUUGGAUAGAUGAGCAUGCAGAACAGCUGCAGGGUAAAAAUGUUCUCAUGUAUUGCACUGGAGGCAUAAGAUGUGAAAUGGCAUCAGCAUAUAUCAGAUCUAAAGGUGCUGGAUAUGAAAAUGUGUUUCAGUUAUAUGGUGGAAUACAAAGAUAUCUGGAGCAAUUCCCUGAUGGUGGUUUUUUCAAAGGAAAGAAUUUUGUUUUUGAUCACAGAGUUUCAGUUGGAAGUCAGGAUACUAAUAUCCUUGGAGCUUGUCUAAUAUGUGGAUCUUCCUUUGAUGAUUAUUCAUCUCGUUGUCGGUGCAGUUAUUGUCGGAUGUUGGUCUUGGUGUGUUAUAGUUGCCAGGGUAAAGCUGUUGCUGAAUACGUUUGUGAACUAUGCAAAAAACAUUGCAAGGGAACCGGGCAACUGCGCUCUAUAAAGGAUGACCAAUUACAUAUGCUGGACUCGCUUGAAGCUGCUACUGAAGUUGAAACAGCACUCCUAUCUGAUCACGUCUCAACUUCCGUAAAUGGUAAUGGCCAUCAUAGGAAGUUAAGAAUUCUAUGCUUGCAUGGUUUCAGACAGAAUGCCUCAAAUUUCAAGGGAAGAACAGCAUCUCUUGCCAAAAAACUCAAAAACAUAGCCGAGUUCGUCCUCGUUAAUGCCCCGCACGAACUACCAUUCAUCUACCAUGCUAGCACUCAAACCGAUCUUCAUCAAACUCCUCCACCGUCUUCAGAAAAAUGCAAGAAAAGAUUUGCAUGGCUUAUCUCUUCAAAAACCUCAUCAGAUGAAUCUGGUUGGAAAAUAGCAGAUGAACCCUUUGAUCCACUACAGUACCAGCAACAAACCGAAGGAUUCGAGGAAUCGUACAAAUUUCUAAAGAAUGUAAUCUCCGAGCUUGGCCCUUUUGAUGGAAUCCUCGGAUUUUCUCAGGGUUCCGCAAUGGCUGCUUUGUUCUUGGAACAGCAGCAGAGAAUUCACGAAAAGGAUUUUAGAUUUGCGAUAUUGUGUUCAGGAUUUAAUGUUGCAUCUGAAAAGCUUGGUCGCGAGAUUAUUAGGUGUCCGUCGCUGCAUAUUUUUGGCGAUGGAAGGGGGAGAGAUAGGCAAAUUGAUAGUGAAGAGAGCAGGAAAUUGGUUGGUUUAUUCGACGAGGGAUGUUCUGUUGUUAUUGAGCAUGAUAUGGGGCAUAUAAUUCCGACAAUGGCUCCUUAUAUUGAUCAGAUGAAGGGGUUUCUUCAGCGGUUUAUGUGAAUUUUUUCGUGGAAGUUGAUUUGAUGUCUUGUGUUGUAUAAACCGUUGAAAAUGAUCAUAAAAUCAUUAACCUUUUGCCUUUUUUGGGCUGAAAUCCAUCAUAAAACCUAUUUUAUCUCUUUA